AUGGAAUUAUCGACAUCGAUGUCGCCCUCGCCGGUUGGCUCCGAGAUCUUUGCGCUCGUGGUGCUGCUCGCCAUCUCCGCCGUCGCCCUCCUCAUCCUCCGCUACUACCUCCCGCUGCGCACCACGCCCGCCUUCCUCCUCGUCCCCGUCUUCUUCGCGCUAUGGCUCCCUGCGAGCAUGGUUCUCCUGGUCCCCAUCGACCUCGCAUCCAGCGCCGUGGCCGAAGACAUUGACGCCCGCGGCAUCUGGCUCGAGCCCCGAGCCCUGCGAGUUUCGUGGAGGAUCACGUACUGGUUGACCUUUUCCCUGACCUGGUUUAUCCUGCCCAUUCUCGCCGAAUACUCCGACUCGGGCUACCGCGAGCCCAAGGACAAGGUUCUCGACUCGCUGCGGUCCAACGCCCAAUACUAUGCCAUCGUCUUCGGGUCGGGCUUCGUCGGCCUCGUCUACGUGCUCAUCUCUUACGGUCACUUCUCCGAGUCGCUUAAGAGCACCGUCAUGGCUCUUGCAUACUGCUGGGGUUUGGUGCUGGCCAUCUAUCUUAUGGGACACGGCCUAGUCGCCAUCCCCCGCCGUCUUAUCCGCGGCGCCAACGUCAGCGGCAGGCUGCGCGCCAUCCAGUCGAACGCCCCCAAGAUAUACGAGCGCAUGGAGGACGCCGAAAUGAACCUCGAGGACCUCGAAAUGAUUGUGUCGGAGCUCAGCCGGCGCAAGGGCGGCAGCGUGAGCCUGUUCCAGGACUGGGUCGAGGAGCUCGUAGACCUGACCAACCUCCCCGAGGCCCAGCCGUCCCGCGCAAGUGUGCUCCGCGGCUCCGGCGACGCUCCCAGCGUCCUGCCCACCGUCAUCACCGAGAAAUACAUGGCCGAGCUCACCCGCCGCCUUGUCCGCGCCAAGCACGCCCGGUCUCGCUACGUGAGUGAGUGGCACCGGCUGCUUCGCGACGCGGUCAAGACGCAGGCCAUCCUUGACUCGGCUGCUUCCAAGAAGCUUGAUUUUGGCUCCGCCUCUCCGCACUCGGGCUUUUGGGAAAAGCACACGUAUUUGACCCCGUACACAAGAUAUGUUCUGCAUUACCAUGUCGUGCCGUAUUUCCGCAACACUCUUGGCGCGGUGCUGGCGCUCGCUUCGGCCUGCAUCGUGUGGUCCGAAAUGGUCAAGGGCGUGCUGCCCUCGUUCUCCAUCAUUCGCUACAGUGUUGUGCAUCACUGGGAGGGCGACAAUGGACAGGUGGGCCUCGCCGGCCAGGCGAUUGCGGCCUUGUGGAUGCUGUACAUGUGCGCCGCCGCCCUGACGUCUAUCACCGAGGUCAAGGUCUGGCGCGGCCGCGCUCUGGUGCGCCGCAACACGGCUCACGAGUCGGCCUUUUGGUAUGCCAGCCAGGUGGCGCGACUCAGCGUGCCGCUCUCGUACAACUUCAUGACAUUUCUCGGCGGCAUCUACCGCAAUACUGUCUUUUACGACUUCCUCGGCCAGCUCAUCAACCUGACGCCGCUAGGGAAGUGGUUCGACUAUUUGUUCCCCGCUUUCAUUCUCCUCCCCAUUUGUGCAACCCUGUUUGGGCUGUACGGCAAGGUGAAGCGCAUCUUUGGUUUCGGCGUCGAUGUCAUUGACGACGGCGACGGCGACGACCCGUAUAGCGCCUACGGGACUGGCUCGUGGCGCGAGGGACGCGACCUCAUUGAGCGCGAGCUCCACGGCACGUCAGCUGUAGUCCGUGGCCGGCGAGCCGAGGCCGCUGCACGGAUAUCCGGCACCGGCGUAGGACAGGGGGCAGGCGCCGCCAGGGCAACACCUGUGCUGUCCGUCCCCCGGGCGCAGCGCACGGGGCCUACCAGCCCGCUCGGGACUUCCCCUAAUACCCGGCCCCAGGCCAACACGUCCGCGAGGAGGGUCGGCGCUGCGUCGCGUGGGAUCGAGACGGACCCCGACGACGAGAACUUCUUUGAGGCCCUCGGCCACCGCUUCAAAAACACCAUCGACACCAUGGACACGCCCAAGUGGCUCCAAGAUAUCGGUCAGGGCAUCAAGAAGCCCAAAUGGAUGGGCGGAGACGACGACGAAGGUUCCGGCAGCCGACCUCGUGAUAAUAAUAAUGGUAAUAAUAAUUCAGACGUGCGGCGGUGGUUUGGCGGCAGCGGGGAAGGCCGUGUCAGGCUAUGA